UCUUCCACUCACUCUUCCCCUCUGUCUUUCUUCCUCUCUCUCUCUCUCUCUCUCUCUUCCUGAGUUAACAGAACUUGUUCAUCUUGUUUCCUCAUCUCAUUUGCACAGUGCCAGCCUCCUUCUCCUGAAGGGGCUCUUUCCUCUCCCCUAUCUGCUUCUGGAAUUCCCACUGCCCAUUCCCACGGUGCUCCUGCUUUGUUACCUCCGAUUGGUAAAGAAUUGCGUGGGCAGGGCACACACAAUUAAAAAGUAUUAUUGGAGGCAACACUACAGCAGACAGCACAGAUCAGAUUGAUGGUAAAGUAUAGGAUAAAGAGAAAGCAAGGAAAAGAUGAUGUGCCAACCUUCAAUUCGAACACAUUUUAAAUCAAGUGUUGAAAAGAUGAGGCCCAACCGAACCUCUGAAAUAAUACCGCUACUGGGGCAGACAAAUAUUCAUGCAUCUGAAAAUCUCAGUGAACCUGCAGUGAACAUCUCUGACUGUGAACGCAUUGUUGUGCCAGAAGAAAUCUUCUUCACCGUUGCCAUUCUGGGAAUACUGGAAAACUUGCUUGUGCUCAUGGCAGUGGGGAGGAACAAGACUCUGCAUUCACCCAUGUACAUUUUCAUUUGCAGCUUAGCAGUUUCAGACAUGCUAGGAAGCUUCUCCAAAACGAUGGAAAAUAUCUUGGUCAUCAUCUUCUGCAAAAUGAAAUACUUGACAUGUAAAGGAGAUUUGGAAAAGAUAAUGGAUGAUAUUACAGAUUUCAUGUUUAUCUUAUCUUUACUAGGAUCGAUUUUCAGUCUGUUAGCCAUUGCAGCUGAUCGAUAUAUAACCAUCUUCUAUGCACUGCAGUACCAUAACAUCAUGACGCUGAAGCGUGCUUUAAUUAUCCUGGCAGUGAUUUGGCUAUUAUGUGCUGGGAGUGGUAUAGUAAUGGUCAUUUACUCCCAUGAAACAGCUACUGUGGUUUCCUUUUCUGUUCUGUUUGGUUUUAUGCUCAUUUUUAUCCUCUGCCUUUAUAUACAUAUCUUCCUGCUGGCACGCUCUCAUGCCAGAAAGAUUGCUUUGCUGCCUACAAGUACUGUUCACCAGAGAGCUAACAUGAAAGGGACCAUUACUUUGACUGUAUUGUUUGGAGUUUUCCUCUGCUGUUGGGCUCCCUUUGUCCUUCAUAUGCUUCUAAUGCAGUUUUGUCCACUAAACCCUUACUGUGUUUGCUACAGGUCCAUUUUUCAUGUGAAUGGGACACUGAUCAUGUGCAAUGCUGUUAUUGACCCAAUGAUUUAUGCAUUUCGAAGCCCAGAACUGCGAAGCACAUUUAAGAAAUUGUUCUGCUGUCAAAAGCCAAGGUAGACAUAGCCCCCACAACUUCAAAAAUAGAUGACAAAAUAACAGUGAACUGCAGUUCAUAGAACACAGAACUGUUUGAUAUGUAGCACCCCAAGUAUUCCAUAGUAUUUAUUUCUGAGGGAUGUUUCACAUAUGACACCAGCAUGUAGAUUAUUCACAAAGUGCAGGAAUUAGCCUUGAGUAUGCACCCUCCCCCACCAUGCACAGAACUUGGGCAUACACAUUUAAGCUUCUCUCACAUUACUAUGUGUAGACCUUGGCUUCAUUGCAGGUUAUGCACACAGUAGGAGAGGUUGACAGGGGCGUACCAAGGUUGGAGUGGGACAAGAUUUUAAAAUGGGCCCCUUGCUGCCUUCCUCUCCUUCUUCUGGCCCCAUGUCUCUGCUGCAGAAGAACAUUCAGGGCACGUGUAAUAUAGUGUAGCAGAUUAACAGAGGACAGAAGACUACAGUUACAAGGUGUAAACAACAGCAGAUCAAAAUAAUACAACCAUCUCUGAACCAAUUUUCUUAAUAAAUAUUUCUUGAAAUAGCCUCCCAGUCAUACAUUUGCAGUAUAGUCUUAAAAUAACAUUGGAUUUAAACUAUUAGAUACUUUCACAAAACUGCAUCUGAAAUGAAGAAUGCUUUAUUCUAUAGGAAUGUAAUGAGUUUUCUCUC